AUGGCAAGAGAUGUGCAACUUCCUAUCUUGAUUAGAGAAAAGAGAGGAUUCAAGAAGUUCACACCGGCGGAUGUGAUUGGGAGAAUUGAAGAACAUCUUAUCACCGUCAAAGAAUUUAAGCUAUCUCAAAAAAUGUCAAAGAUACAUGAACAAAUUGAGAAGAAUAAUGAGGUAGCUCUUAAGGCAAGUCACAAGGGCAAGGAAAAGGAAGGAAGCUCAUCGUCAAAUGUCACCACAAAGAAAAUUGAUGAUGAUAGUGAUAGUGAGAGCAUGGAUGAGAAGGAGAUGGCUUUGUUCAUGAGAAGAAUAAGAAGAGUUAUGAAGAGGGGAGGUUUCUUUGACAAAAAUAAAGACAAGGACAAAAACAAGAGAAAGUCAAAGAGGCCAUGCUUUGGAUGUGGCAAAGAAGGUCACUUCAUUGCAAAUUGUCCGGAAGUCAAGGUGAAGAGAAAUGACUCAUCCAAGCACGAAAAGAGCAAGUACAAGAAGAAGGUUGGAGAAGCACACUUGGGUCAAGAAUGGGAUUCAAAUGAAGAAAUUUCAGACUCGGAUGAGGAGGUUGGAGUGGCAACAAUGGCAUUUGAAGCUUCAAUCUCAAAGUCAUCUUUAUUUGAUGAUCUUACCGAUGAUGAGAGCGGCUUCACCCACACUUGCUUCAUGGCUAGAGGGCCUAAGGUAGAAUCCAAAACCCCCUUUAAUAAUAAUGAUGAUGAUAGUUGUGCUAGUGAUUAUGAAAAAGUUUUAAAAGGGUUAGGCAAACAAGCAUCUAAAAGAAUAAUGAAAUUGAUGAUAGAAAUAGAAGAUAGGGAUGAGACUCUUGAGGUGCAUCGACUGGUUGUUCUCGUCACAUGA